UAUUAGUUCUCCAGUGACUGUCAGUGUGAUCAGUGUUUCAUCGGUCUUAGCUUAUUUACUUUUCACGCUAUCUAUAUUUAAUGAGAAAAAUAUUAUAAACAAAAGUAAUAAAUUAUUCGAUAAAAUGAGUUCAUUUGUUGCUAUUCCUGAGGGAAGUGAUUUUCCAAUUGAAAAUUUACCUUAUGGUGUUUUUUCAACUGUUCAAAAUCCCCAGAAAAGAAUUGCUGUUGCAAUUGGUGACUCCGUUCUCGAUCUUCAUGCAGUAUCUGGGUUAUAUCCACCAGGAGUUCAGGCUGCUCUAAAAUCUGACUCCUUAAAUCUUCUCAUGAGUCUUGGUCAUGAAGCUUGGACUUUAGUUAGAUAUACAACUCGGGAAUUGCUAUUGAAAAACUCUCGUUUGCAUGAAAAUCCAGAUCUUCAAGCUGUUGCUCUAAUACCUCAAUCUGAGAUCGAACUUCAUUUGCCAGCCCAAAUUGGUGACUACACAGAUUUCUACUCUUCCAUUCAUCAUGCAACAAAUGUCGGUAUAAUGUUCAGGGGAAAAGACAACGCCUUGAUGCCCAAUUGGAAGUACCUUCCAGUUGGUUAUCAUGGUCGAGCAAGUUCGAUUGUUGUAUCGGGUACACCAAUUCGUCGUCCACUCGGUCAGACCGUUCCAGUUGAUGGACAACCUCCAGUCUUUGGGCCAUGUAGAACUUUGGAUUUCGAAUUGGAAAUGGCAUUCUUUAUUGGAGGACCUGAAAAUAAAUUAGGCGAACGAAUUGCCAUUGAAGAUGCCUGGAAACAUGUUUUCGGUUUCACUUUGAUGAAUGAUUGGAGUGCUAGGGAUAUCCAAAAAUGGGAAUAUAUUCCACUUGGACCAUUUACAUCGAAGAAUCUUGGUACCACAAUAUCACCUUGGAUAGUUCCAGUGGCAGCACUGGAACCAUUUUUAGUUGAUAACUUCCCACAAGAUGUAGAUGUGUUUCCAUAUUUGAGGCAGUUGCAGAAGUUUAAUUUCGAUAUUAAUCUUGAAGUUGCAAUUAAACCUGAAAAUGAGCCAGAAACUACAAUUUGUCGAUCAAAUUACAAGAAUCUCUACUGGACUCCACUCCAGCAGAUUACCCAUCACACUGUAACUGGUUGUAAUAUUCGUCCGGGAGAUUUGAUGGCUUCGGGAACUAUUAGUGGUGAAACUGAAGAUUCAUAUGGAUCGAUGUUGGAACUCAGUUGGAAAGGUACAAAGACUGUUAAUUUGAAUGGUGGAAGUACAAGGAAAUUCAUUCAAGACGGUGAUGAAGUUGUGAUACGUGGAUUUUGUCAGAAGAAUGGUGUGAGAAUUGGUUUUGGUGAAUGUAAAGGAAAAGUUUUACCUGCUAUUCCAUUAUAAAUUU